AUUAGAGAAGCGAUAAAGUGUUUGCUUUUCAUUACACGUCUAUUAAGCGGUGUUUUUGUUCACUAAUUCACACCUCAAUUAACAGUGCCUUUCAUUGAGAGCUAUGAAUGUUAUGAUAGCCGUCGUUGUGGUCGUCGGCCUCUGUCUGUGUGGGACCAGUAGUGGUCAACAACAGGACCUCUCCUCCCAAUGCCAUUCGUUCGCCGGCGGACACGUCUACCCACAGGAGACCAGAACCACAUCCAGUGGACACCGAUUGCAUUGGAGUAAAACACAGAUAUCAAAGUUGGCGCCCGACUGGGAGGGCACGGCUGUCGUGAACGGAGAGUUCAAGGAAAUGAAAUUAUCGCAGUUUAGGGGCAAAUAUCUGGUCUUCUUCUUCUAUCCGUUAGAUUUCACUUUCGUCUGUCCGACAGAAAUCAUGGCAUUUAGCGAUAGAGUCCACGAAUUCAGAGCCAUUAAUACGGAAGUGGUCGGAGUGUCGGUGGACUCACCCUUCACACACUUAGCCUGGCUUAAAACGCCCCGAAAACAGGGAGGUUUGGGCGCAUUAAACAUUCCUCUCCUUUCAGACCAAACCCAUCAGAUCUCAAAAGACUAUGGCGUCUAUUUAGAAGACUUGGGACACACUCUGAGAGGACUCUUUAUAAUUGACACCAAAGGAGUAUUACGACAGAUAACGAUGAAUGAUCUGCCGGUCGGCCGAUCGGUGGACGAAACGCUGCGAUUGGUUCAGGCGUUCCAAUACACUGACCAACACGGAGAGGUGUGUCCGGCCGGUUGGAAACCCGGCGGCGCCACCAUUAUCCCCGAUCCCGAUGAAAAGCUCAAAUACUUCAGCAAAUUAAACGAUCCAAUUGUUCCUAAAAGUGAUCUCUAAUCUUAAAUUGAGCUAAAAAUACCCCUCAAAUGAGUUUUGCUUUGCUUUCCAACGAAUUUAUUGAAAAAAAUAUUUUUAUGUUAUUUUUCAGGUAUUUUUUAAUAAAAAAUUUAUUGUCUUUUAAUUGAAAUAAAACUAAUUUAAAACAUUACAAAAA